UGUGUGCGUGGCAGUGGGCAGCGUAUCAGUGGAGGAAGUGACACCCCGACAUCGCGGAAAGCCAUCGUAGCCAACGGCCGUAGUUCAAAGUCGCGAAGAGCGCGAGAAACCGCGGAGCCCCGAGAACCUGCCGCGCGCUGAGUGCGCGUCACGGCCGAACAGCCGUUCAGUCUGAAAUAUUUUUUACAGAGCAGAGCGCUUCCCUCUGUGCUCGGUAGCUUGUGCUUAGUCUAUACGGAACAUCUUCAUCCUCAUGAAAAAAAAAUUGUAACAGCAAUAAUAAUGUUAUAUAGUUUAAGUGUUACGUUUCUUAUUCUUGUUCGAUUUAUCGGCGUGUAUCACUAUCAGCAGAUCAUGGAACCAGACGCGUCACGGUGAUGAAUGCAGUUCCUGUUGAGCCACAGAGCAAGUUAAGUGGAAGAAAGCAUCAUGGGAGGAGUGGCAGUGGACGAUGGCCCGAGUGGAGUGAAAGCCCCGGAUGGAGGUUGGGGGUGGGCAGUCCUGUUUGGCUGCUUCAUCAUCACAGGCUUCUCAUACGCCUUCCCCAAGGCCGUUAGUGUCUUUUUCAAGGAGCUGAUCCGCGAGUUUGGUGUGGGAUACAGCGAUACCGCCUGGAUCUCCUCUAUUCUUCUGGCCAUGCUCUACGGAACAGGUCCUCUGUGCAGCAUUCUGGUGAACCGCUUUGGGUGUCGUCCCGUGAUGAUGGUCGGGGGUCUCUUUGCCUCUGCUGGAAUGAUCCUGGCCUCGACUGCCACGAGCAUCAUGCAUAUAUACCUCUGCACAGGGGUAAUUACAGGUUUGGGCCUGGCUCUGAACUUCCAGCCAUCCCUCAUCAUGCUGAACCGGUACUUUAAUGAGAAGCGGCCACUGGCCAAUGGGUUGGCGGCCGCAGGCAGCCCCGUUGCCCUUUGCUGCCUGUCCCCCCUGGGGCAGGUGCUGCAGUACAAGUAUGGCUGGCGUGGAGGCUUUCUCAUCUUGGGGGGUAUGCUGCUUAACUGCUGCGUGUGUGGGGCCCUCAUGAGGCCCCUGGUGCCACCAAAGAAGGCUGAAGAUGAAGAGAAGCAGGAUGCUGCUGCAGUGGAGAAGAAGAAGGCCAAAGCCAAGCUGCUGGAUUUCAGUGUGUUCAAAGACAGGGGGUUUGUCAUCUACACCGUUGCUGCCUCCAUCAUGGUUUUGGGCCUGUUUGUGCCGCCAGUGUUCGUGGUGAACUAUGCCAAGGAGCUGGGCAACGAAGACACCAAGUCGGCCUUGCUUUUAACCAUCCUGGGCUUUAUCGACAUCUUUGCUCGGCCCACCUGCGGCAUCAUUGCCGGCCUCAAGUGGGUGCGUCCGCGCUGUGUUUACCUCUUCAGCUUUGCCAUGAUCUUUAACGGCACCACAGACUUGGUGGGUUCAAUGUCCAAUGACUAUGCGUCCCUGGUGGUCUUCUGCAUCUUUUUUGGUGUCUCCUACGGCAUGGUAGGCGCACUCCAGUUUGAAGUGCUGAUGGCCAUCGUGGGCACUGAGAAGUUUCCCAGCGCUAUUGGCCUGGUGUUGCUGCUGGAGGCAAUUGCUGUGCUGGUGGGACCCCCUUCUGCAGGGCGCGUACUCGAUGCUACGAAGAAGUACAUGUUUGUCUUCAUUAUUGCUGGCUCUGAGGUGGUCCUCUCUGCCAUAGUCCUUGCCGUAUGCAACUUCUUCUGCAUCAAAAAGAGUCCGCCGGCACCCGAGGCCAAGCUGGAGAUGGCCGAAGCGGAAACAGAGAUGGAGCAGCUCAACAAGCUGCCUGAGGAGGUGGAACACGGAGCUGGGGAGGAAGAAAAGGGCCAGCGGGAAGAAGGAGACAAAGAGAAGGAAAAGGAGGUGGAAGACAGCAUCCAGCCAGAUUCCACAAAGGUGGAGGACAUUGUGAAGGAUGAUGCAAAAAAAAACGGAGAUGUUGUCACCAACCCAGAGACCUCUCUAUGAGGAGCAUCACCAGAUUAGACCAAAACAUCAGUUUUGGGUAAAUGGUUCUACAAGUCCAACAGACAAGAAAACCAUUAAUGAGUUACAUAGAAGGGAAUGUUACAGUCUCCUGUAUUUGUCAUUGCUGUUAUAUAGUAAUUGGUGUUCUCCAAAAUACUCCCUAGGGCUGCAACGGAAGGCACGGAAUAACACGUUGAAAAUGUCAAAAAGACAAGGGUACCAAAUGCACCGAUCCAGCAUUGUCUCACACACACAAGAUGAAAUCAUGUGUAAAACAACACUGACCUGUUCCUGUUCACCCUCUCCACACUGCUGAAGGGCAUCAGCUCAUUUGGAAAGCAACUGAGUUUGGGGUAAUUUAUUUUUCUCAGAGGUGUCUUUCACUACAAUUCGCCAAAAUCGUGGAUCUGCUCUGACGGCUGGCACCGCUGACGCUGCCACACACACAAACCUUGACAGACAGCUCUGGAUACUAGAUAGCUGUAACCAAAAUAACCUUGAAUUUGGACCGAACACACACUCUUCAUUGUGCGGCAGGGUGUGUUCGCUAGCAUUGUCAAAUGGGAAUUGUAUGUUGUAAAUGAUGAGGUCAACAGGAAACCUGGCCUGUCUUUGGAAAAAUUGUGAGAGGUGCCAGCUCCUGACAAAACUGGAAGGUCACAGAGGUCUUUCUGAACGCACAUUUAAUUCUCUCUGUAAUAGUACAUUAACAUAUUUUCAAUGAAAGGAACUAAAAACAUUGUUU